UCAUUUCAUUCUGAAAUUCGGUUGCGAUUAUACAUUUUUCUAUUUUCCGUUGUCUCUUAACUUAAACAAAAGAGAAAAUGACUGAUGAAACAAUCUUCUGCAUUGAUGACUUUGAAAGGCUAGCAAGAGGUGGAAUCCAAGACGAGACGUUUCAGGAUUAUCUGUACGGUGGUUCAGGCGAGGGAGAAUGCCAUCAGAGAAAUAUAGAUUCCCUUAAGAAAAUACUCUUGGCGCCAAGAGCUUGUGCUGGAAUCACUAAGAGAGAUUUAUCAAAGAAAAUGUUAGGAAAAACCUUGUCAUGCCCAAUUGGAUUUGCUCCAACUCCAGCCCGUGGAUGGCUCUACAGAGGAGCUGAAAAAUGUUGUAUGGAACUUGCCUGUGAGGAAGGCGCUUCAAACUGUUUAACGAUCUUCAGUGCCUCAAAAAUGGAAGAAGUGGUAAAAGGAAUCCCCGAAAAUGAAGGUGUUAAGCUAAUUUGCACUGGAUUUUUGGGUACAGAGGAACAUCAAUUGGAAGUUAUGGAAAGAGUGGAAAAAGCCGGUUUGGACGGAAUCGUUCUUAACCUGGACAGAGCUGUUCCUGGCCGUCUUAGAUCUGAAGCUGGUGGACCCAUCAAGUCAGCAAUCAUGAAAAAGAUUGGAUUGCCUAAUUUGCCGAAAGAUUUAUUCCAAGCUUAUAUCAAGAAUGAAAAUGUUGAUAGAACUGUAUUCGGCGAUGGAUGUGACACAUGGGAACAAGUUAAAUGGUGGAAAGCAAACUCCAAAUUACCAUUGAUCAUUAAGGGAAUUGCUAGAGCCUCCGACGCCCAAGAGGCCAUAAAUGCAGGAGUUGACGCUAUUUGGAUAUCUAAUCAUGGAGGUAGACAAUUAUCUGAUUGUCCAGCCACUAUUGAUCUGUUGAAGAAGAUAGCUCCUGUUGUUAAAGGAACAGGAGUUGAGUUAUACAUCGAUGGAGGUUUCAGAACAGGAUCUGAUAUUUUAAAGGCUAUUGCUCUCGGUGCUGAUGUUGUCUUCCUAGGCAGACCCGUUCUUAGUGCCUUGGCUUGCGCUGGAGAUGACGCUCUUCGAGAAAUGUUAAAAAUUUUGAAAAAGGAAUUAGAUAUCGCUAUGGGACUUUGCGGCAUAUCUAGUUUGAGCCAAGCGGACGAAAGUCUUCUUUGGUACCCGAAAAAAAAGUAG